UCUCGCUCGCCCGAAACGCUUUCGGCGCCUGUUUCAAAGAAGUUUUACCCCCGUGUCGUGGGGGUGGAACCGGGGGAGGGGGGAAAGGAGCUGUCGUGGCCGAAACCUCGUCUUAAAACAUGUCGUCCAUGAAAAAUGCGUCUUGAAUUCAACUGACGGCUUUUCCUUUUUAUUCCAACGGCCAACAGAGGAGGCUUCUCCUCGGUGGGCCCAGCUGUCGCCGUAAAUGUGAGGGGGCAGAAAGGGGGCAACGCGAUGUGGGUCUACGCCCUUCCUCCCCAAGGCUCUUAAAGGUCUCUAAGGUGACAAGGGGGAGAAGAUUGCUGAUAUGGUUGGGAUUCUUGCUAUGGCUGAUACAGUGGAGGAAUAUGAUCUUCCAUGUAAGAAGCAGAGGAAAGAUGUUGAGGAUUCCCCCACAAACACAAUCACAAGCUACUUUUCGCCAGUUUCCAAAUCGAUUGACACAACCUCUCCAUCACCCAAAUCCAGCAACAUACUCGAUUACUUCAAGAAAACUCAAAGUGGGCAACACGUUGCUUCACACUCUGUUGAACGGGAAGGAAAGAAUUCAGCAGGAUUAUCUGUGAGCAACAGUAAGGAAUUAACUCCAAGGAGGCAACGAUCUAGUAAAAGAGUUAAUUUAAACAACAGACUCUCGGCCUCAGAUUGCAAUGAGGUGGUUGAAAUAAAAGAUACCAGUAACUUGGGUACUGCAGAACUGGAUGGCGUGAGGUCUAUGGUUGGGGUUCUUGGCAGUGAUACAGCAGCACUGAUUGCUCAGCUUUGCGCACAGAGUGAGGAGCUGUUUGAAGACAACAAGGAUAACAUUUCCAUUGAUCUUGAUACCACAGCACGAAGGAAAACAGCAACUAAGAUCAAAAAGGGAAUAGAAAGUGCCAACGAUUUAUGUAGCAACCCAUUGAAGAAAACACAAAAGAAAAGGGUUAGAAGGAGAGAGGUGAGUUCUUCUGGACAAUCGGAUGUUGAGAGUAAAACUAAGGAAGAUUGCUGUGAUGAAGGUUCUUUGGCUUCCCAGACUGUGGUCAUUGAAGAUGAGGGAACAUGUCUCAGUGAGGAAAAUGUAGAGCCAACUGCUGAAGAGACAAGUUCCCUGAACAAUAACACUGUUACUGUAUCAUAUGAGGAAUUUAUGAAGAACCAAGAGAGUACAAAGGCUUUGGCUGAGAAAGGAGCUGGGAUCCAAUCUGAAACAGUCCAGGGUGUCAGCCUUGGAGAAAGCACAAAUUUAACAGUCUCUCAGCAAGUAUCUCCCAAAACCGUGACUGUCCACGUCCAAGUUCACACUAAUGAUGUGUCUGCCUUGCCUCGCACUUCCAAAGUAAAACAGCAGAAGAUAGCAUCAAUCUUUCUGCGUAAGAAAAUGGACCCUGAAGAUGAGGUGCCUGAAAUCCAAGAAGCUGGUCCACAUUCUGCUGAGGGUACUGACCCAGCUCCCCCCAGAAGAUCCAAUGUUGUGAUAGCAGAGGAAGAGCUGGAGUUGUCGGUGUUGGACGCAGCUGAGAAAUCUCCUUUGAAGACCAAAUGCAGCCGUGCCGAGAGGGACCAGUUUAUGAGUGCUUUCAGGCAACCCCUCACGGCAGAGCCGGUGAAAAAUGGGGUCAAGAAGGCGGUGCGGAAGCCAAGGGGCUCAAAGGAAGGGUUAGCAGCACCGAGUCUGGCAGCAGAGGAAGGUAGUGACAAGCCCAGCCAAGAGAAGGAAAGUGAGGAAUCUGUCCAGCCUAUACAGUUUGCAACGUCAACCCAAGCCAGCAAAGAUGGUAGGGUGAAUGUAAAAGACUCUGGAAGCAUGAAAAAGAGAAAAAUAAAAAGCAGAAAAUGUCCCCAGAGCAAUGGGAAAGCAGACUGUAAAAAUGUAGUUGAUAAUGGAGGGGAGCAAGCUGAUCCCAAUGUGAAAAUAUCUGAAGAGUACACUGCAAAACCAAAACCAUCGAUGCAUAUUGAUCCGGCAACAACCCGAUCGAAUGAAACCUGCAGAAUUACACGGCAAAGCCUUCGACAGCAAAGAGAUACUUGUGCCUAUGGCCUGACUCCAAGUAAGCCUAUUGCAGUGGAUAAUCUGGGUACCCCAGUCCAUGAGUCAACACCAAAGAGUGCACACUGGUCUUCAGAAGAAAGCAGCAUCUACAAAGCAGAAAUGCUUCCUGCCACCCCUGAUCAAAGUCCUUUCAGAAUGAAGUUUACGCGCCUCUCUCAGUCAAACAGUGCUGAAGAAGCCAGAGAGGUGGAUGAGAAUUUGGAUUUUACACCCAAGAGCAACCAGACAUGCAGAUCCAAGAACUUGGCCGAAGCAAAGAGACUGGUUGAAGACACCAAAGCACAGAACAAGUGCAGGAAUCAUGCUGAAACCAUUACACCACUGAGGCGGUCGACGCGACAGCAAGCCAAAUUUGAUGGGAAGUCUCAUGGGACUGAGAACCUUGCAGUUAACUUGAGUUCAAGUACAGAAAGCAACUCAUCGUGUAAAAUUCAAAAUGAAAAGAAGCCCAAGAAACUGAAAAAUUUGAGUGAUGUGUUAGGGAAGAAUUUGGGUGCACCAGCAGCUAAGAACACAGCAGAAGACAUCAAAGUUGCUUCCAUAUUUUUAGCUAAAAAGGUGGUCAAAGCUCACCCGCUGGAACCUAUCACCAUUGAUGAGAACAGCUGUAAUGGGUCUGAAAAUUCUCAGGACACGGAACAGUUCCGAGCUAAGCGUCAGUUUCUCAUGAGUGGUUUGCCGGAUACCUUGAAAAAGCACAUAGCAAAGACGGCAGCAGCAAUGGAGAUCUAUUCUACUGCUGGUGUUUCUUUCCAGACUGUUGUUCAUGUCCAGCAAAAAUGUCAAGCAUCAGUACUGUGGGACCUACCAUGGCCCAGUCAUGUCACUCUGAACCAGUUUCGGGAUCUGGGUGGUAGAACGGAAGGAAUUCUGAAAUCCUCCCUUUCACUUGGCGACUUCUCCGAAGUGAAUUGCACAGCUCCCAUAAAGGCACCUUGGAUUGGGUUAUCUGACUGGAGGACAGAAUUCUCACAGGAUAUCCAGAAGUGCUUACUGGAAGAAAUAAAGUUGUCCAAUCCAGAAUUCCCUGUACGAAAACUGUUCAAGCCAUUACUCCAGAAACGAAAUGAUCAUUUUGCAGACAUGCUGAGAACAGGAUCUUCAAACAAAAUGGAGAAUUCUGUUAUAGAGCUUGAUGCAGAGCCCCAACAAGCAUUACCUGUGUGUGCCAACCCAGAACCUCUGCUGGGGAAAAGGAAGAGACGGGUUGAAAGGCAAGAUCAGAAACAGAAGAGGAAGAAAGCACUUGAAAGUGAACAGGAUUUGAUUAUCAUCAAGGAUGAGGAAUAUUGCACUCAAGAGCUGUCCACAGGGUCUGAGAGCUCUGCAAGGAACGGAAGAGGCACUGACAACCAGAACUGCACAGCUUCGACCAGGAGUCGGCUGAGUCGAUCCAUUAAGAGAAAGCAGCAGAAGUCUGAAUGUGAGAGCAAAGUAGCAGAAGCUCAGACCGUGUCCGCCCCAUUGUCUGUUUCUAAAUUGACUGACCAACCAAAGAGGAAGCAACCUGACACUUCUGAUGGUUUCAUCAAGGAAGAUCUGCUCUGGACUGAGAAAUACCAGCCACAGCAUUCCAGUGAACUUGUUGGAAAUCUCGGUGCAGUCAGGAAGUUACACAGUUGGUUAAUGGAAUGGAAGAAAAGAGCUGAUAAAGAAGAAACGAAAAAACACAAGGAAAGAAAGACUGAGAAAGAUAAGAAAGUGGAUGCUUGGGACAACAGUGAUUUUAACUUGGAGAGUUCCGGGGAUGAAGAUUUUUUGUGCAAUACAGUGCUAAUUACUGGACCUCCUGGAGUUGGGAAAACGGCUGCAGUUUAUGCCUGUGCUCAGGAGUUGGGCUUCAAGGUAUUUGAAGUAAAUGCCUCCUCACAGCGAAGUGGCAGACAGAUCCUCUCUCAGCUUAAAGAAGCCACGCAGUCUCACCAAGUUGAUAAACAGGGAAACAACGCUCUCAAGCCUGCCUUCUUCAGUGGCAGCAAGUCUCUUCCACUACAAACAGCCAGGUCUCCAAAGAAAGCAAACUCUCCCAGAAGCACUGUCACACCACCUAGGAAAACUUCCUUGUCUCCUAGGAAAAGGGGCUCAAAGAAGAACCUCGCACCUAUGUUCUUAGCAAAUUUCUUCAAAGCCCCGGUGAAGUCUAACAAAAAUGAAGAAUCAGAGAAAACUGACAAGCAGAUGAGUGUCAAAUCACAGAAUAUUUGUAAGGCCCAGAAGAACAAUCCUCAAGUUUUAGAAGUAUCUAAGAUUCACCCUGGGUCUGAGAGCAAAGACAUGGAAGAGUGUAACAGAAAGAGUGCCACAUCACUCAUUUUGUUUGAAGAGGUAGAUGUGAUAUUUGAUGAUGAUGCUGGAUUUCUCAAUGCAGUUAAGACCUUCAUGGCAACUGCAAAACGGCCAGUUAUUCUCACAACUACUGAUCCCAACUUCAGUUUAAUGUUUGAAUGCUGCUUUGAAGAAAUCCGUUUUAAAGUUCCGUCUUCAAAAAAUGUUGCCAGCUACCUCCAGCUCUUGUGUCUAGCUGAAAAUUUAAGGACUGACAGGAUGGAUCUGGUCUCACUCCUUGCUCUAAAUAAAUGUGAUAUACGACAGAGUAUCCUCUACCUGCAGUUCUGGGUGAGAAGUGGCGGCGGCCACAAAGUGGACAGAGUUCUCCCCAUUGGAGGAACGAAUGUAGUUCCAAUCCCAGCUAAGGAAGAACUGGCCAGGAAUGCUGUUGCUGCUGAAGGUACUGUGGAAGGAUUGUCAAAGGGCAGCUCCACUGUGAAUAUGCAGGAUGUCCCCAAAUGCAACACAGGAUGUACGGAGAACCUGCUUGGCUUCAGAAACAAUGCAGAACCUUCAACUGACCUCUUUUCCGUGUUCAAGCAGGAUGCUGUCACCCCAGAGCUGCGGCGGAGUCAAGUGCAAGUUCUCCUGGAGUUCCAAAGGCGACGAAUUGACUUCAUCUUCAGCAACCUGGUGUUCCUUCUGCCUCUACCGCUGCGUGUCAGUCCUAUUCCAGAGAAGCUGGAGGAGGUGCAUGUGAAGGAGACUGGGGCUUCCAUCUGCUCAGCAGUCAAGACCAGUCCUGUAAAACUGUCGAGCAGGGCGAAGCACAGCAGAAAAACCAUUCUGUUUGAUGAUAGUGACUUGUUUGACAAUGGGUUAAAUAGCAGCAAUGCUUUUUUAAUGUUACCAAAUGAAGGUUCCACUCCAUCUUCUCCUGCUAAUCAGGCACCAGGAAGCUUGGCAAGUGUAAUGAAUGAGAACAGUUGCUCAGAGAGCAGGUUUGACUCCUCUGUUGCUGAAAAGAAACCAAGGACAUUAGCAGAAAGGAGGUGUUCUGAGCUGGUAACUUCAUGCUUGAAGUCGAUAGCUGAAUUUACGGACAGCAUCUCAUUUUUGGACUGCUGCCUGAGCAGAAGGGCGAUUGACAGCGAGAGUUCGUGUGGGCAUAGCAGCUACCACUGGGCUGCCGCAGAGAUUAAAAACGGCAUGUUGGAUGAGAGGAGGCUCGAUUCGGGAGAUUGGUGGUCCCUCCACAGCUUGAGUGAGACCAGAGCAGCUGCAGAGGCCUUGAGCUGGAACAGGUGUCGAUCACAGAUCCAACAUGCCAUGAACUCAUUUGGCACCAAGUGCACCGAGUCGGGGGAGGAAGCUGUGGAGGACCUCGUUCUUUGUGUUCCCUAUCACCAAAGCAGAAAUGCGGUGUUUACAGAUCUGUACAAUCAUACCAGCGCUGCAUCUAGAAGGAUUGAUGUACUGAAAACUGUGUUUUCCAACAACAAAGCGUUUGCGGGUCUGAGUGGCAGGCGAGCAAGUGCCACGGAAUACUUGCCAGCUCUCCGCACUAUCUGCAGGGCAGAGAAAUUGAAAGAGCAGGGCAAAGCAAAACGCAGGUUUCUGCAUUAUCUGGAUGGUGUGCACCUAGAACUCCCUAAAAACACUCUCGAAGCCCUUGCAACAGAUUUUCCCUGAAGUUCCUGACAUGAAAGCAAUAUUAUUUGUACAGUAAAAUACUACAUAUUUCAAAGACAAAGACUGUAUCUAUGGGGUAUUUUACCCUUGUCUCUUUCUGGUACGUGUGUGUGUGUGUGUGUGUGUGGAUGAAUAUUAUUUGUACAGUAAAGUGAUAUGAAUUUUUUUUAGAGGAAUGGUGGAUUAUCAUAAUUUAAUUGCAGCAGAUAACUACAUACCUGUUGUCUAAUAAUGUAAAAACCAGUGCAUGACCAUUUUUAUUUGGUGGUGGAGUCUGCUUAUAGCACUUGUGUGAAAGCACUGUUAACUACAUUGCUGGCCAUCUGUCAUAGGUAGCCGUGGUUGUUUUUAUGUGAGUUAGAGAGGGAGAUCAUUCCAACAUUCACACAUGCGUUGCCACUUGGCCACUGGAUAGGAACCAAGAGUUUGAGCCUCGAAUGCUUUUUUUUAACUAACUACUCCCCAGUCCUUCUUAUUUUGGGGAAUAAAAGUAUUUGAAUACUUUUUUGAUUCCCAAACCCUUUUUUUUUCCAUGUUGAUAAAUUGUUCUCUUCCCUCUCAACCAGUGCUGGCUGUGUAUCUGCCACAAGUGUUAUGAACAGCACCAGAAACGUAAAGCAGCGCAAACGGAUGAGAUUAACCCUAAAGCUGCUUACUGAUCAUCUCCUGCAGGGUAAACUACGAUCUGAAUGACUGGUUCAUCAUGUUUUCCACUGAAAUGUCUUAAUUUCCCAGUUUUACAUUUCAGGAGGAUCAUAAAUAAUGGGCUGUGUGAUUGUACACCCCAUUCUGACAAAAUCUAUGGAAUUAAAUAAAUCAGACUUGUGCUAUUUAACUGCAAACUCCGAUGCUAUGUGGAGUACAAGUCUUUGUGAAGACUUCACUAGUAGGGAGAUUGAAUUCAAGGGCCAUGGGGGAAUGUUUACGGCUCUGGUUAGGCCACACUUGGAGUAUUCAAGGAUCGGCUUUAUCCACCAUAUACAUUUACAUGGAUUGGCAAUUUGCUGUGAUGAGCUGGUCGGGGUGAAACAUGCAACUAAAACCAACAAUCAACUAUAUUUAUAAAGGAUAAAGAAUUAUUUAAAAAUAAAUUCAGAGGUUAAAGCAUGAAUAUGAAAUGAAAUGUGCAUCGAUACCAACAUGUAUUUAGACCACAAGAUGUCAGAGCAGAAUUAGGCUAUUUGGCCCAUUGAGUCUGCUCCACCAUUUCAUCAUGGCUGAUCCAUUUUUCCUCUCAGCCCCAAUCUCUUUUCCUCCACCAUAUCCCUUCAUGCCCUGACCAGUCAAGAAUCUUAUCAACCUCUGCCUUAAAUAUGCAUAAAGACUUUGCCUCCACAGCUUUAUUCAUUUACAAUGUAAAUAACAUAAAAAGUGAUGAAGAGAGAUUCUAGUUCAGUGCAGUGACUGAGGUAAUAGACCGGAGUGGUGCUCAGUUCUGGUCGCCUCAUGGUAGGAAGGAUGUGGAAGCUUUAGCAAGUGUACAAAGGAAAUUUACAAAGAUGAUGCCUGAAUUAGAAGGCAAGUUGUGCAAGGUGGGGUUUUUGUCCUUGACCUGAAGGAGGAUGA